CACACACAAACUGGCGACAGUGCAGGUAAAAAUAGACAUUUGUCUUACCUCCGUGUGAAGACGGGAUCAUGAGUGUUCAGCUCCCUCACGAGAGCGCCCAGUGCGAAUACGCUGGAAUACUGGGAGACAGCGACGACAGCGAUGAAGAACCUUGUCCGAGUGACAAGUUGGCUGUGGCCUGGGACGACCUACCUAUACUGGAGAGACUUGGACUCACCAGUGGGGCAGAUAUGACUGAAGAGGAAGUGGAGAGCGAGUUCUCGAAGCUGGCGAUGGCGUUCCGCUGUGACCAGUACACUCUGAGCCAGCGGCUGCAGGCUGAGGAGCAUGACCGCGCCGUAGCCCAGGAGAACCUCACCCUGGAGCUGCAGCAGGCCAGGGAGUCUCUGGAGGCUCUGAGAGGCAGGUGUGCUGACAGCGAGAGGUCCCACAUGCUGAGCUGUAUUGACACCAGUCUUGACACGGUGCUGGGCAGCAUGGAGGACGUCAUCAGCGCCGCUGAGAUGCUGGGGGCCGUGCACCAGGAUGGAUGGAGGGAUUCAAAGGAGGCUCGUGUGAGCUGCUCCGUAGAGCUCAUGCAGACCCACAUGCAGCACCUGAAGCUGCGUCACUCCGCCCACAACGUUCAGCUGCAGGAGACCAGGAAGCUGCUGCACCGCUGCCGAGGAAGGAUCCACAGUGACUCAGCAGAGGAUGGAGAUGUCCGACAAUUGUUUGUACGACAAGGGUCCCAGCAGCACCUCAUGAGAAGGAGAGUCAGUGUUACACUUCUACCGACACAAGCACAGCUCAGUGACCUGGAGGUCAGGUUCACGGAUGGCUGCAGGGCCGGUGGAGACACAGACAGCCAGGGGCCAACAGAGAGCGCUGUCUCACACACCACCAGCACCAGUCCCUCCCACUCCCCAGCAGAGCGCUCCUUCCAGAGCACCCAGAGCCUGGAGGAAGACAACGACCCCAGUUCUCGGCCAAUGGCUCUCCGUCACAGGCGGAAGUCAGCGAUCCAGGAGUGGGAGGGGAGCAUAGAGGAGGCAGAGGUCAAGGAGUCGACCACCGGGUCACCAACACGGCCAGGGGCAAACAGCACGGAGGAGCUCAGCCAGCUCAGCUCAUCUGACUCUGUCUCAGUGGACCAGUUGGUUAUACCAACACAACAGCGCCCUCUACAGUCUUGGUUGUCCUUUUUAUGCUGUAUUCUAUUGGUCCUGGCUUGCUUCCUCCUCUGUUUCCUGUGGAUUGUUUUGUCCCUUCCUUGGGGAUUUGCAUAUUCCCACCGGAAUGGACACACUGCCAUCUGAGAGCUACGUUCAACACUUGUGUGAGCUGCUAAGGAUGGAGAGAACUUCACAAGGUCCCGUGGGAUACAACACUGGCUGUAGAACUUCUGAAACGGAAAGUUAUACUGUUAUAACUUCAAUCCUAAUUACUAAGUGGUGGCUAGGCUACUGGUUUUCACUAGUGCAAUAUGAGUCUCCUAAAAACACAGCCUGCUUGAAUGUAAAAAGUGUGGUGAUAUGUAACUGAAGCUGA